GAAAAUUAUCCUUACAGUAUUUGCAAGGAGAGUCAAAUCAGUAUUAUCAGUGUGGAAUCUGCAGCUCCACUGUAACUGAUCAUAUGUAAUAUCUUUGUGUAUCAGCUUCAAAAUAAGCUUUUAUUAUAGAGAUUAUGUUAUUUUCAAAUCCAUUUAAGCAAUUAUCAAGCAACUUUCCUUGGGUGCAGUAGAACUACAUUUCAUGUUGAUGUUUCUCCGUUAGUUUUAAGACUCUCUCACUGUUGUCCCUUUUUUGAGAAUUCAACACCACCAAUGUUAUUUAGAUCUGGGCCAGUGGGCCCUGCAAACCACAAGGUUAAGCGGCAAUGUGAUUAUCCCCAUCAUGUGAUCUACAGCUGGGGUAUGAAAGAAGGCCUUUUAUAUGGGCUGUAAGCAGUUCUCAGAGGUUUGCAUGCACUGGAAAGAUACACCAUCUCCUCUUCAACUCGGGUCUGAUCAUGGCAUAAUCAUCUGACUUCCCUCCUAAUCAUCACCACAAGAGAAGAACUGAAGAGGUUACAGUGCUGUGGUUUUUGUCAUGGAGCAUCAUACAUCAGGCCAAUCCAGCCAUGCCUCAAGUUUUCAGUGGCUUUCUUUUGCCUACCAGGGCCUGACAGAAAUCCCUUAUGAAACUAUACUUUCACAGACUGACACUCUGGAGGUGUUGGACCUGAGUUACAAUCUGCUGGAUGAGAACCCGGCUCUGCUGGGUCAGCUGGAGAAGCUCAGCACUCUGAUUCUGGACUGUAACAACUACACAUCUCAUGUCAAGUUCCCCUACAUGCCCAGUGUGACCACAGUGUGCAUCAACAAGAACAAAAUUAACAAUCUGCCCGUGUUUGUGGAAGAAAUCCGACGAAAGUUCCCAAAUAUCAAGAUUCUGAGUAUGAUGAACAAUGAGGCAGCACCUAGCUAUUUCAAUGGAGGAAGUCUGACCCAGUACAAAGACUAUAGACAGUACGUCAUCAGUCAGAUCCCAGGUCUGGAGAUUCUGGAUGACACGGAGGUCCUGGAAAAGGAGAGAGCCCAGGCUAAAAAAACGUAUCCGGCUGCACCAGAGCAGUCACAGCAGCAGAAAGAGGAAGGAGGAUUCAUCCAGGAAACACACACACAUGCAGAAAAAGUCAAAUACUGUCAUAAGACACUAGGAUAGGUUUUUUCAUUUUCCCAUAAUGUCAACAUUAUCAUAUACACUGUAGCUGCUUGUUCUAAUGUGUUUUUGAAGCUACAGUCAUGUUUACACCUCAUAUUCAAACACCACAUUCUCUAUAGCUGCACUAUCAAAUUAAAAAUUGGAAAUAUUCUACCUGUGAUCUGCAUCAUUUUCUA